GGUCCAGGCCGCGCCAUCUUCGAACUUGGACUUCCGGUCGGGCUUCGGUGGUUGGUGUAGCCACUGAAGAGUAAUGCUGAUGGAUGCUGUAGGGGUCGGCUGCGUUACACUGGGAGGGGCCAACCCCAUGGGGGAAACUACUGUGACAGAGUCUCCUAGAAAAGAAGUACCAGACCAGCUUGGCUCUGAGGCCCCAACAUUUGGGGCUAAGACAACAUGUGAGGAUAGUUCCAUAAUGAUGCCUUCAAUCUCUCUUGGAUUUGAGGAUCCCUCCAGUAAACAAAGCCACCCGGAUACUCUCCCAGAGCCGGAAAAUGUCUCCAAACCUGAAGGGCAAGCUGUUCCUUCAGGAAUUCCAGAGAUCUCAAAGGUGAAGGCUCCAAAGACUGGCAAGAAAAAAGGUGUUCGGACUCGAAGAGGCCCAAAGAAGGGUGGAGUGGGGGCCAAGGGUGACUGCCCAUCUACCUUACUGCAGGCCAACCCUCCAUCAGGGACCCUGGGAUCUGGUCCCCUGGAUCAGUCUGGCCCUCCACCUACUACUGUCCCUAAGAAGCGAGGUCGAAAGUCAAAAGCUGAGCUGCUGUUGAUGAAAUUGUCAAAGGGGUUAGAGCAGCCUGAACCCCCACCUCCACAAAGUCCCCCUGAGAACCCUGAGGCCCCACCAGGGGCACGACCCCGCCGGCGGGCUGCUAAAGUGGCACUUCUGUACCUUCAGGAAUUGGCUGAAGAGCUCUCCUCAGCAUUGCCUGCCCCAGUCUCUUGUCCUGAGAACCCUGAGAUAGGGGGCCAACCUAAACGGGGCCAGGGCCGUCGGCGGGCAGCCUGGCAUGGAGAAGAGGAAGAAGAUGAUUCAGCACGGGAUGCAGACUUUGUACUUCAGGCUGAGAUUGAAGAAGGAGAAGAAGAAAGUGAAGCCCCAAGUGAGAGCUCAUCUGACUUGGAGCUUACAGCACUUCGGGGGAGUGGCCUUCGUGGGACUGCCUCAGGGAAACAGAAACAACAAUGCCGGGGACUGGCUCCCAAUGGGCUUCCAAAUUCUAUCAUGGCUCCUGUUUGGAAAAGCCUCAACCUCACCAAGACCCUCCGAGAGCAAAGCCAUUCACACUGGGAGUUCCCUGAGUGGAUCCCUUCAGCUUUGAAGUGGCACUUACUAUCUGAAAGUGAAGCAGCAUCAUACUUGCCUCAGGAGCUGAGGUCUCCUCUUUUCUCUGUGCAACGGGAAGGUCUUCCUGAGGAUAGCACUCUUUAUAGGAUAAAUAGGUUUAGCUCACUGGCACCACAUCCAGAGCGAUGGGAUGUGUCCUUCUUCACAGGGGGACCACUCUGGGCACUAGAAUGGUGCCCAGUACCUGAAGGUGCAGUUGCUUCCCAGUAUGUGGCACUAUUCUGCAGCCCCAGUAUGAAUGAAACCCAUUCACUGAGCCGGCCUCAUGAAGGCCCUGGGCUUCUACAGCUCUGGGACCUUGGGACACUGCAGCAAGAAAGCUGCCCAAGCAAUAAGGCCCACCUUGCCUAUGGCAUUGCUUGUGAUCAUGGGUGCAUCUGGGAUCUCAAGUUCUGCCCUAGUGGAGGCUGGGAGUUGCCCAGCACCACAAGAAAGGCUCCUUUCCUGCCCCGGCUGGGUCUCCUGGCUCUGGCCUGUUCAGAUGGGAAGGUGCUACUGCUUAGUCUACCCCACCCUGAGGAACUUCUCGCCCUUCAGCCUCAAGAUGCUCUCAAGCCUCCUAUCUAUAAGGUACAGUGUGUGGCCUCUCUUCAGGUGGGCUCAGUACAAGCAGGGGAGCCUUCUGAGUGUGGUCAGUGUUUCACUCUUGCCUGGAUGCCAACACGGCCCCAUCAGCAUCUGGCAGCUGGGUUCUAUGAUGGCACAAUAGCAAUCUGGAAUCUACCCACCACAUCACUGUUGCAGCGUGUUCGACUCCCGGAUGGCUCCUUGAAACUCUAUCCCUUUCACUGCCUCCCAGCCCAUGAUCAGGCUGUGCGUUGCCUUCAGUGGUGCAAAGCUAAUAGUAACUUUCUAGUCUCUGCUGGAAGUGACCGGAAGAUCAAAUUCUGGGACUUACGACGACCCUACGAGCCUAUCAACUGUAUCAAACGUUUCUUAAGUACAGAGCUGGCAUGGCUGCUCCCUUACAGUGGAGUAACUGUGGCCCAGGACAACUGUUAUGCCUCCUAUGGGCUUUGUGGGAUUCACUACAUUGAUGCUGGUUUCCUUGGUUUCAAGGCCUAUUUCACAGCUCCUCGAAAAGGCACUGUCUGGAGUCUGUCAGGCUCAGACUGGCUUGGGGCAGUGGCUGCGGGGGACAUGUCAGGGGAGCUCAUCGCUGCUGUGCUGCCUGACAUGGCCCUCAACCCGAUGAAUGUCAAGCGUCCAGCUGAGCGCAGAUUUCCCAUAUACAAGGCUGAUUUGCUGCCCUACUGGGAGGGUUCUGAAGACCAAGAUCACCAUGCUGCCUCCCCUUUGGUCCCUGGACCUCCCAAGGCCAGAACUUAUGCUGAAACAGUUGAACAUCACUACCUGCUCUUCAGAGACACAGACCUGCGUGGAUUCCAAGAUUUGCUUCAAAGAGAACCAGUGCUUCGCAUGCAAGAAGGAGAGGGGCGCUCUCAGCUCUGUCUGGAUAGGCUGCAGCUGGAGGCUGUUCACAAGGUACGUUUCAGCCCAAACUUGGACUCUUAUGGUUGGUUGGUUUCUGGAGGCCAGUCAGGACUGGUGAGGGUACACUGUGUUCGUGGCCUUACCUCCCCCUUGGGCCACCGGAUGCAGCUUGAGAGCAGAGCCCACUUCAGCGCCAUGUUUCAGCCACCCUCCCCACCUCAGGGGCCCAGCUUUCCCCCAACCAACUACCACCUGCUGCCCAACCCGUAGUUUAUUGAACAUGGAGCCCUGGGGAUUCAGAAUUCCUUGGUCCUGAUGCUACUUAGUAGCUAUAUGACAUUUAUAGCUCUGAGCCAAGCAAACUGGAAACUUCCCCAAAUUGCAAACCUACCCAAGGCUGACAUCUUCAGAAUGGUACAGUAGAAUUUAUAGUCAGAGGACCUGGGUUUGAAUUCUAGUUUAACUAGUUAUGGUGUAUUUGACCUUGAGAAAAUCACCUGGGCCUCAGUUUUCUCUUCCAUAAAAUGAAGGAGUUGGACUAGACCUUGGAGGUUCCUUCCAGCUCUAAAUCUACAAUGCUGUUAGGCUAUAAGGACUGCAUCCUCAGGACUCUACAGACUGAUCCUGUUCUCCGUAAUCACUGCCCCCCCUGCUGGCAGGGGGUGUCCGGAUGUGAACUCUAGUCUCCUCGGCAAACACCGCAGAAGCAGCCCUAUGUCAGACAUGGGGUUGGAGGUCAAAUUGCUCAUAUUGAGCCUGUUGUACUUGGAGGCAGAACUGAGUAAAGGUGCUGAGUGUUUUGGA